AUGAAAUCGCUAUUCGACAUUAAUCGAGUAAUACAGUAUGGCAUUGAGCAGAUAGCACGGCAAAUUUUGAGGCAAAAAGCUGUUUAUGUUGCAGAGCAAAAGGAAUUAGAAGAUUCUGAUGAUCGA